UCAAGUGAAAUUGCUCCGGAUCCCUGACAAAUUAUAAAACACUAAACCAAAUUAAGGGAAUUAGUUUCCAUUCUACUUACUUUGUUCCUGUAUGGGGCAUGUCCUUGGCUGGUUGCCUGGAUUCUGGUGGUUUGUCUCCAGUUAUCUCCUUCAAUGUUUGUUUGCUGUUGUAGUUUUUAAACGGACUUUCUGUGAAAGGACAAAGACAGCAGCUGUUUAGAAAAUAAUGAGACUGUGAAAGUAAGAAUCUGGAUUAAAUCCAGCAACAGACGAGUGGAGAAGGAAAACAAAGGGAACUCUCGGCAUUGGGAAGGUUUUGGAGAAACUAGAAAGAGAUUGCUGAAGCAGAAUAUCCGGUUUGCUCACUGAUAACAAAUAAACCACAAGAUAAAAUUACAGACUCGAGAGAUAUGGAUAUGGGGUCACCCGGGACUGGUCCUGACAGCUCACACCUCACAUCAAAAUUUCCUGUGAUUACAUCAAGUCCCGCUAGAUCAAUUGGAGGAAAAAGUGCACUGAAUACAACCAACUAUUUGCCUCUAGACUGUUGGCUUUUCACUUUGACCAAGGACAUCGAGCAUAUCAAAAACUUUAUAUGCGAGACGAAUAAGCUUUUAACUACACUUGUGGAGGCGUAUAGAAAUUACCUCCCCCUUUUUGACCCUAUAUCUCGACCUAACCUGACUCAGUCUCAACAAAUGUCUCAAACAAAUUCUAAACAAAAGGAUAAGCGAAACCUGGUGACUAAUUUAAGAAAACGACAUGGUAAGACGGUUAGACCAUCUAAAUUGAGUAAACUGAGCAAAAAUAUCAAGCGCCCUAAAUUUCGACAAUAUGUUAAAAUGAAUUUUUCUAAACUUUUUAAAAUUCUAGAGUCACUUGUGGAAUCUAAAGGAAAACAGCAAGCUAAUUACUCAAGUCAGCCUAAAAUUAGAGAUCAUGUUAAACGGAUUAUAGACCCUGAGAUUUUACGGGUGCCCGCUCAGUUAAAGGACCCAAAAACAUCUAUACAUAAACAGACUACCCCAAAUCAAACAUGUUCACAUACUGAUACUAAGAGGACUAAAACGCAGACUCCUACUUUAAAAUGGCAAUUAAAACUUGUCCGUAGGAAAUUAGUAUUAACAAAUUACCUGAAACCUCCUGGACAUCUUACACAAUGGGAGCGUAAAAUUCACCUGCUGAAACUACUCAACAGUGUCCUGCCCGAUCGGUUUUUAUUAUCAAAUAUAUCUUCAGUGGAAUAUCUUUACUAUAACCGAUCUAUGGCGCGAGCAGUAGUGAUGUUCGACUCUUGGGAGAAAGCGGAUCUACUGCUGCAACGCAAAAUGAGUUUAUGGCACUAUGGUAUUGAAAUAAAAAGAUUUUUUAUGAAUAUAGCAUUGCCACAAGCCCUCUGCUUGUAUUUUCCAACUAAAAACUUGAAAGAAAAUGUCAACGCAAAACAUCUAACAAAACAAGCAGAAUCAAAUUUGAGCCAGGAUGUUCCCUUGCAUUUGGACCAAACAGUCCACUCUAGCGAUUCCAUAAAAGAGCUUUCACGAUUUGAAUUGACCCAAAUGUCCAAGACUGAGGAAGAAACUGGCCCAUAUAUUGAUGAAGAAGUAAGAUUGUUGGAAGCUUAUAUAGAUCUUUCAAGUGGGGCACAAUUUGACAUAGUGCAAAGACUACAAAAUCUGACAUCGUUAUUAAUUAGUAAAUCUUCAGAUGAUGUCCAUCUUAACCAUCCUUCAGAAGGAAGGUGCCCAGCAGAAACCUCCUUACCAAGAUUAGAUAGAACUUUGGAACCUAUUGAAAGUGGCGAUGUAAUUAUGAUACAACCGGAGAGAUAUAAAGAAAGCUUAAAGACGGCCCCAAAACCGAUGUUACAGUCGUCCAAACCAUGACGGAGAAGUAUCCAUCUUUCUACUAAUCUUCACCUCCUCUCCUGGAAUAUUGCGGGAAUGAAAUCUAAAAUCGUUGAUCCAUCUCUUUUGAGCUAUUUGGAAAAGUUUGAUGUGAUUUUGCUACAGGAGACUUGGGCUACAGACUCAAUUAAUGUCGAUGGAUUUACGACCUAUACCAUGUCAGCAACUCCUAGUGAUAAAGGAGGGCGUCCAAUAGGAGACCUCUGUAUAAUGGUUACCACCAAAAUAAGACUAAUGCUAAAUGAUCUACCGUGUUUGCCAGGACUGGCUAUGACUUUGGUACUUAAAGCAAAGGAGUCAUGUCUGUUAUUGAUUAAUGUUUAUCUUCCCCCCUUUAGACAGAAGAAACAAAUUAAAUCUAUCUACUCUCUAUUAGAGGAAUAUAUAAUCAAGCUAUCAACACUUCACCCAGAGGCCAUGAUAUUAAUAGCUGGCGAUUUUAAUGCCAGAUCCGGCCCUAGUGAUGAGAAAUUAUAUGAGCAUUACCGACAAACACCCCCUAUAAUAUACGGGGAUUUUAAAGUUCCUUCUUGCUCCUCAAAAGAUAAAGGAGUAAAUUAUGCAGGCCUUUCCCUUAUACAGAUGAAUUACAGAUUGAAUCUUACCCUGGUAAAUGGGACUGUCGAGGGUGAUUGGUCUGGAGAAUACACAUACCUUUCGGGAGCGGGGUCAUCCACUAUUGACUAUUUUAUAACCCCCAAGGACAUGCUUCAUAGGGUCACUUCCUGCUCUGUUGAUAUCCGAACAGAAAGCGACCACUUACCCCUUUCAUUGUCAUUGAUAUGGGGAUUGCAAGAAAUUCGCCCCUUAAAGUCCCCAAUUUUAAAUUGGGAGCCUAUGGAGUCUAUUUCACGGGUACAUUGGUCAAUUAAACUAGAAAAAUACUUUAGAGAGAUAAUAUACUCUCCAACUAUAGUCCAGCAUCAAGAAACAUUGCUAUCAGCUACACAAGGAGAGCCUACAACUCUGGCUUACCAGAAUUUGCUAUCUGAGGUUCAAACUAAUUGUAAAUUCUUCUGUAAGUGGGAAUAAGGGUUUUAAACAUCAUAAACAAUGGUUUGACCAGGAAUGUCUGGAUCACAAGAAUCUUUUGAUUUGUAAAUAUAGAGAGUAUAGGUUUCAGAAUCUCACAGAAAUACCGGUGGAAUAUAAAGAAUUAAAAAAGAGUUAUAAAAAUUUAAUUAAACGGAAAAAGUUAGAAGCCCAGAAAGUGUAUUGGCAACAACUGAUUAUGGCCUCCAGGAUUAAGAAUGGUGCACUUUUCUGGAAGUUAGUUGCCAGAGGAUGGCCUAAGUUAACACCAAAGCUGGACUCCCAUAUCUCAGUAAAUCUGUGGGAAAGUUAUUUUCACAAGGUUUAUGCAAGUGAUCAAAACAAGUCAAGCCAUGCUGAAAUAUCACCAAAUGAUCUUCCCAACUGGUCCCCAGUGACUGAGAACGAAGUGAUAUCACUUAUUAAUACCUUGAAGUCAGGGAAAGCCCCUGGUGCUGACAAUAUCACGGCCGAAAUGAUCAAAACUGUGCCUAAGAGGUAGGCAUCUAUACUAGCAACACUUUUUACGAGUAUAGAUCAGACGAUCAUCAUCCCUGACUAUUGGGGUUUAGCUAUCAUUGUCCCAAUAUUUAAGAGAGGAAAUAGGGCUGAUCCAGCAAAUUACAGACCCAUAAGUCUGUUGAGCGUGAUCAGCAAGCUAUAUGCUAAACAUCUGUUAGGAAAACUCCAAUCCUGGCUUGAGCAGGAAAACAUACUUGAGGAUGAACAAGCUGGGUUUAGGGCAAAUCGUUCCAUGGUUGACCAUCUAUUUGUCCUAAAUCAUCUAAUAGAUAAAUAUUCAAAGCGCUUGGGGAGGGGGGCUCUAUAUGCAGCUUUUAUAGAUUUUAAAGCUGCAUUUGACCUUAUCCCCAGAGAUGAAUUGUGGGCAAAAUUAGAAUCUGCAAACAUUGACAGGAGACUGCUACUACUCAUACGCAGACUUUACUCAAAUACCUGCGUCCGUAUUAGAUGCAAUAAAGCUGGCAAUUUAACGGGGCGUAUUCCAACGAUAAAUGGAGUAAAACAAGGCUGUAUAUUAGCUCCAACGUUAUUCAAUUUUUAUGUGAAUUCUUUAAUCAAAAGCCUUGCAAAAACUCCUUCUCACCAUCCUACGAUUUCAAAUAGGCCAAUUUCAACAUUGCUAUAUGCUGAUGACGCCGUGCUGGUCUCUCUUUCCUCUGUCGGUCUUCGGUGUCUUCUUUCAGCUCUUACCACUCAUUGUAAAAAUGAGUCAUUGGUAAUUAAUUAUGAAAAGACCAAGGUGAUGGUAACACCAAUGGAGUUUGGAGGGUAAUGUUAUAGAUCAAGUGACUACCUAUAAAUGUCUUGGUAUAGUGUAUCACUCUUCGGGCAACUGGCAACCCCAGGUGAAAUGUGCACGGAUAAAUGCCCAAAGAAGUGUAAAUGCCCUUCUCUCUUUUUAUUACACCAAGGGAGGCCAACAUAUCCCAUCAGUUUUAAAAGUAUUAACAUCUAAAAUUGUUUCACAACUAUUGUAUGGUACUCAGGCAAGUGUAUAUACUAACUUCUCCUUAUUAGAAUCUGU